AUAUUCAAACAUUUGCAUACUUCAAAGCCUGCAUAAACCAACCGUGGCGCUCAAGUAUCUUCAAACAUGAGCAUCAUCUCGGAUGGCGGUGAUGUUCUUGAUGGAGAUAUGCGUGCUGACACUUCAUGACAAAAGAUACCCAACACUGUUUUUCAGCGUCCGAUCAGCCGUGGCAAAGAAGAGGAGAGAAGAGCGCAGGAUGAAAAGCACUGGCUUACUACUAGGUUACUUUUUGAUGAAAGUUCUUGUGUGCGACGCGGAAGGAGAACCUGGGGAAAACCUGGAUGUUUUGGUGACGGCGUCGGGGUCCAACGACUCCAGAGACGGGCAGAACGGUCUCUCUGAGACCCCUCACACGGAGGACAGGUGUCGGGGCUAUUAUGAUGUGAUGGGUCAGUGGGAUCCUCCGUUCGUGUGCCGGACUGGUAGCUACCUGUACUGUUGCGGGACCUGUGGCUUCAGGUUCUGCUGCGAGUUUAAAAACUCCAGAUUAGAUCAGACCACCUGCAAAAACUACGACACCCCGCCGUGGUCCAUGACGGGCAGACCACCGCCGAAGAUGAUGGAUCAACACGAUCCGACUAAGGAUAAAACCAAUUUGAUUGUGUAUAUCAUAUGCGGAGUAGUUGCUAUCAUGGCGCUGGUUGGGAUAUUCACCAAACUUGGCUUGGAGAAGGCGCAUCGACCUCACAGAGAGAACAUGUCGAGAGCGCUGGCCCAGGUGAUGCGCCAGACAGCUCCAGGAGAACAUGUGGAGAGAGAGGAGAGCUUGGCGGUGCAUGGACAACACUACGAGAACAUGCAGGCCAGAGCAACAGGAAACAACCUGC